AUGCGCGGCGCAGGCAGGGCGCAGCGAGCAACAGGAGGCGGCGCGGAGACUCGCCGCCUCACCGCCGCUGCCCAGCCCGCCCGCCCGGCCCCGGGGCGCCGGCGCUAGCGGGGCGCAGCCUGCGCUGCCAGGGGCGGCCCCGGGGGGGGACUCGCCGCCGCCGUCGCAGGGGCGAAGAGGAGGAGGAAGAAGGAGAAGGCGCCCGGCAGGAGGAGCGGGGCCGGCAGCGUGCGGUGUGGCUGGGCGGCGGUCCCCGGGCGGCCGGCUCGUGAUGGUGCUCCUGCCCCUGUGGGUAGUGGCAGCCGCGCUCCUGGGGGUCCGCGCUGCAGCCAGCCGGCAGGCUGGUAAAGAACAACAGAUCCAAAUAGAAUUACGAAAAAGCAGACCGAGACCGUAUGGGUUAGUGAUUCCAAUUAGUACCAAUGCAGACGGAAGCUACAUCUCCAAUAUCCUCUCUGCAAGUCAUCAAAGAAGAUCAACGCGGGAGGUAUCCCAAAGCCCCAAACAGCUGUAUUUUAAUGUCACUGCAUUCGGAAGGGAAUUCCAUCUCCGGCUGAAACCCAACACUCAUUUAGUGGCUCCUGAGGCCGUAGUGGAGUGGUAUGAAGACUCUGUUGAAGCUGGAAAUGAUGCUGGUAACACGAGUCAGACUAGAACAGCUACAGAGAGAUUAUGGAAGCGAGAGCCCCUGUGGACCAACUGUGCAUAUGUGGGAGACAUAACUGACAUCCCAGGAGCUUCUGUGGCUAUUAGCAAUUGCGAUGGUCUGGCUGGAAUGAUAAGAACUGAUAAGGAUGAAUACUUCAUUGAGCCUUUGGAAAGAGGAAAGCAAAUGGAAGAGGAAAAGGGAAGAAUCCACAUGGUGUACAGGCGAUCAGCUGUAGCGCAGCAUCACACCGAUAUCCUCCCUGAUGUCCAUACAGAAGGGUCUCUUCUUGGUGGCCUCGGAGAGCUGAGCUCCCUGAACAGCAGCGUAGAGCAGCAUCUGAAUGAAACCCUGAGGCGACGCAGGCAUGCGGGAGACGACGACUACAACAUUGAGGUGCUGCUAGGUGUGGAUGACUCUGUUGUCCGAUUCCAUGGCAAAGAACAUGUUCAAAACUACCUCCUCACCCUCAUGAACAUAGUGAAUGAAAUUUACCACGAUGAAUCCCUGGGUGUUCACAUAAAUGUGGUGCUGGUCCGAAUGAUCAUGUUAGGAUAUGCAAAGUCCAUUAGCUUGAUUGAAAGGGGAAAUCCCUCGAGAAGCUUGGAGAACGUUUGCCGCUGGGCGUAUCAGCAGCAGAAGUCGGACCCCAAUCACUCUGAGCAUCACGAUCAUGCCAUCUUCUUAACCAGGCAAGAUUUUGGGCCCGCUGGUAUGCAAGGGUAUGCUCCUGUUACUGGCAUGUGUCACCCGGUCCGAAGCUGUACUCUCAACCAUGAGGACGGGUUUUCAUCAGCUUUUGUUGUUGCUCAUGAAACUGGUCAUGUGCUGGGAAUGGAGCACGAUGGUCAAGGGAACAGAUGUGGGGAUGAGACAGCCAUGGGGAGUGUUAUGGCUCCCUUGGUGCAGGCUGCCUUUCAUCGUUACCACUGGUCCAGAUGCAGCGGCCAAGAACUCAAAAGAUACAUACACUCUUAUGACUGUCUCCUUGACGAUCCUUUUGAACAUGACUGGCCCAAGCUUCCUGAACUGCCAGGCAUCAACUAUUCCAUGGAUGAACAGUGCCGCUUUGAUUUUGGCGUUGGCUAUAAAAUGUGCACAGCGUUCCGAACCUUUGACCCAUGCAAGCAGUUGUGGUGUAGCCAUCCAGAUAACCCGUAUUUCUGUAAGACUAAGAAAGGACCUCCACUUGAUGGGACAGAAUGUGCCCCUGGAAAAUGGUGCUAUAAAGGUCACUGCAUGUGGAAGAACGCUAACCAGCUGAAGCAGGAUGGCAACUGGGGACCCUGGACAAAGUUCGGCUCCUGCUCACGGACCUGUGGAACUGGAGUUCGCUUUCGGACACGCCAGUGCAACAAUCCAAUGCCCGUCAAUGGAGGUGAGGACUGCGCUGGUGUCAAUUUUGAGUUCCAGCUUUGCAAUACAGAGGAGUGUCCGAAGCACUUUGAGGACUUCAGAGCGCAGCAAUGCCAGCAACGCAAUUCCCACUUUGAGUAUCAGAACAGCAAGCACCACUGGCUGCCAUAUGAACACCCUGACUCUAAUAAGAGAUGUCACCUGUACUGCCAAUCAAAAGAAACGGGGGAUGUUGCUUAUAUGAAACAGCUGGCGCAUGAUGGGACUCGCUGUUCCUAUAAAGAUCCCUACAGCAUUUGCGUCCGUGGAGAAUGUGUGAAAGUGGGUUGUGACAAGGAAAUCGGCUCUAACAAGGUUGAAGAUAAGUGUGGCGUCUGCGGUGGGGAUAACUCUCAUUGCCGAACUGUGAAGGGAACCUUUACCCGCACUCCCAAAAAGCUUGGGUACCUUAAGAUGUUUGAUAUCCCUCCUGGUGCUCGACAUGUGUUUAUCCAAGAAGACGAGGCUUCUCCUCACUUUCUUGCGAUUAAGAACCAGGCAACAGGACACUAUAUCCUGAAUGGGAAAGGGGAGGAGGCCAGAUCCCGAUCUUUCAUCGACCUGGGCGUGGAGUGGGAGUACAACAUAGAAGAUGACAUCGAAACUCUCCACACUGACGGGCCCCUGCAUGACGCAGUGGUUGUGCUGAUCAUUCCUCGGGAGAAUGACACGAGAUCUAGCCUGACUUACAAAUACAUCAUUCACGAGGAUUCAGUACCAACUAUCAACAGCAACAACGUCCUCCAGGAAGAAAUAGAUACUUUUGAGUGGGCAUUAAAGAGUUGGUCACAGUGCUCCAAACCCUGUGGUGGAGGGUUCCAGUACACCAAAUAUGGGUGCCGCAGGAAAAGUGAUAACAAAAUGGUUCAUCGCAGCUUCUGUGAAGCCAGCAAAAAGCCAAAGCCCAUUCGUAGAAUGUGCAAUCUUCAAGAGUGCACACAGCCUCUCUGGGCAACAGAUGAGUGGGAAUACUGCACAAAAACCUGUGGGAGUUCAGGCUACCAGAUCCGUACCGUGCGGUGCAUUCAGCCCCUUCAUGAUGGUGCAAACCGCUCCGUCCAUUUCAAGUACUGUAGUGGAGAUCGCCCCGACAGUCGCCGGCCGUGCAACCGGGUACCGUGCCCUGCGCAGUGGAAAGCUGGACCCUGGUCUGAGUGUUCUGUGACCUGCGGGGAGGGAACCGAGACCCGGCAGAUCAUGUGCCGUGCUGGUGACCAGUGUGAUGGAGAAAAGCCAGAGUCAGUGAGGGUUUGUAAACUCGCUCCCUGUAAUGUUACCGUGAAGCAAGUAACAGAUUGUGAGAAGGAGAAUUUUUACCAUGAUCAUCAGCGGAAGGAUACAAGCACUUACAUACUGAAUAGGAAGUGGUUGACUAGGUUGUGCAGAAUUAACCUAACAAAUAAAAAAAAGGGAUUAUAUGAGCCCUGUAUGGGAGACAAAUCUAUCUUCUGUCAGAUGGAAGUGCUUGCACGUUACUGCUCCAUCCCUGGCUACAACAAGCUGUGCUGUGAGUCCUGCAGUAAGCGCAGCAGCACCCUCCCACCGCUGCUCCUUACCGAAGCUGCUGAAACCACAGAGAAAGCAAUGUUCAAUCUGCCUCAGGCUUUGAUGAUGCCAACGCCCGUAGUGCCCCGCUACGCACAGCUCCUGCCCGCGAGAAGUUCUCUGGGCAGGCUUCCUUUUGCCGAAGAGGACGUGGGUACGAAGGUCUCCCCAUCCAACGCCGAGCCCAAAGGCGCUGAAUUUCCGCAAUGGAGAGCUCCCCAGGCAAGGAAGUCUUCAAGGCUGUUUGCUUUGCUCCACCAGUCACCUGUCAACAGCAGCAAUCUCAGUCCUCACGAUGCCCUUGCACUGGCAGCAGCUGUUCCUGUGGUGCCAGCUAAUAACACGGCGGCGGGUGCUCCUUCUCCACCGAGAACCUCAAGAAAGAGUGAGAAGCACGCUGAGAAGGGAUGGCCUUCGAGGUCCCCCACUGUGGAAAGAUGAACGCAGAUGCCUUGUUGGAGGAUAGCCAUGGAAAGAGGCUCUGUUUGGCGCUUUGGGUUCAAUGUCCUUACUUCUGGACACUAUGGUGCAUGCUGCUUUCCACAGGCAAGACACUGCAGGUCAUCAACUCAUUUUCCUUGUAAAUACAAAGAACAAGAAGUGCUGGUUCACUUUCUAGUUGCUCCCGUCCUCCUCCCAUGCUGUGUUACCUGGCUAGCUUGAACGCAUUGGGGGAAAGCACCAAAGAAUAUUCCCAAGUUGCUGAGGGCGUCAUCCAUCAAGCUCUAGUACAGAAAAAUGGCCCUGACCUCAGCACCCACCUCGUUAUUUUUGGUUCUAAACACUCACUCAUAGAAAACACCCCACUACAAGAGGUACCAAAUGUUUACACUAUACUUUUGUAAUGGAACAACUGAAUCCAUAAGACUCGUUUUGCUAAUUUAUCUAUAUAAACGGAUAUUGUAUGAGCAAACUUGCAGCUGUUGUGUAAAUACUGUAUAUUGCAGAAAAUCAGUAUUAUUUUUAAGAGUUGUGUGCUGUCAGACAACUGUUUACCUAUGUUGCAUUCUGGACAAUUGCUAGGUGCCUGCCAUCGAGUACUGCCUUAUUUACAUUCCAAGAGUUGAUUUGUAAAGCAGCAUUAUCAUAAAAGGAGGAGUUCCAUUUUCGUUACAAAUUACAUCUACUGACACUAGGAAAGGGUUGGGGUUUUUGGAGUACCAACAACACGAUGCUUUCUUUUGAAAUAGGGAGGGGAGGCGGGGAGUGUAAACCUAAAGGUAUGAGUUUACUUGCAGCCACCCGCCCAGUAUAAGUAGGUUUAGAAACUUUAGUGCAAUUCCAGUCACCGGUUGGAAGAAGAAUUUUAUGUGCCUGUGAAAUGAACCCGGACACCCACAGCCUAUACUGAGCAGCAUUGCUUCAGGUCAGGAGUAGCAGUGCCGUCCUUUAAGCCUCCUUUCGCCGAAGAGGUCAGACCAGUGUAGGAAACCGUGUAUAUACUGUAAGUACUGUAAUGUUCACGAGUCAAAAAUGAGUUCUGCUUUCCAGAUGAUCUGUUUGUUAUUUCUGAAGCUGAAAAAGCAUCACAGAGGUAGAAUAGGCGCUAACAAGAAAUAGCUGUGGCAAGACUUAAAAUAGAUAAAUUUUUUUCCUACUGGAAGCAUUGAUUUAAAGGUGAGAGAGAUAUUUAUUUUUUAGCAUGGUUCACCUCAAAAUCUCCACAACCACAAUGCAUCUGACUGCAAUAAUGUACUAGUAAUUUAUGUCAAUAACCAUCUUGUUCACAGUCCACCCAAUCGCACUCUCUCCUGUGUGUUGCUGUAAAGUACUUGUAUAUAGGAUGGAGAACUAAAGAUAUUUAUUAAAAGUUGAUUUCUUGAUAGUA